AUGUCAAGCAACAAAAAAUUAUCUUUGGAGGAAAGGCUAUCAUUAGCUGCCUCCAAAAAGAAAUCGAAAAAAUUAAAAAAUCUACUUAAACUUAAUCCUUCAGGAAUUCCCGUCGAUUCAACUGCAGCUCAGAUCCCCUUAGCUUCAAGCGUAACAUCUUCCUCUGAACCUAAUACCCAAGAUCAGUCACCUGCAUUAUCUUCACAAGAUAAUCAAUUUUCAUCUAAUGAAAAUAAUAACAAUGAAUAUACACCUUUAACUAAAAAAAAUAGCAUAGCUCAAGAUACAGACGAUACAAUAAAUAACAUCCAUGAAAUUGAGGAUCUAGAUUACGGAAAAAAACUAACAGAUAAUAGAACUGAUGAUUCCAAAAUAGAAGGUUCCAUAUCAGAUUCUAAUAACAAUUCAUAUCUUUCCACAAGUAAAGAUGCACAUACUGGACAGUUCGUAAACGAAAACUCUAGUGAAUUAACAUAUGCCCCCAAUUCAAAUCCAUUAGAAAAGCUAAGCUCUUUUGAAUUAUUGAAGAGCUGGCUACCAACCGAUUAUUUUAACUUAGAUGCUACUGAUAUUUUAAAAAUAUUAGAUCCUCAUUUGAAGAAAUUAUCUGAUAAUUUAAAAGUUGAACUUUCCAAAAAUAAUGAACUAGAGGUAACUAAUACCAGUUUAAGUCUAAUUAAGUUAAUCAAAGAAAAAGACGAAUUAAUCGAUAAACUAAGCCUUGAUAAUGAAAACCUGGCGAAAGAACAAUCAAAAAAUUUAAAUGAGAUUAAAAAUCUUAAAAAAAAUAUUAUUAAUUUAGAAAAUAAGAAUUCCAAUUUAAAUGAUGAGCAAAAUAAUUUAAAUAACGAUAUUAGAUUAUUGAAACUAAAAAAUGAUGAUCUAACCAAGAAUUUAAGAAACUUAAAUGAUGAUUUCAAAUCUUUUAAUGACUUAAAACUUUCAAUUGUUGAAUUAAAUCAGAACUUACAAGAAAAAGAAGAUAUUAUCAACCAAUUAACCGAUGAUAUAAAAGACCGUGAUGAAAAGAUUAGAAUGAACACCAGUUUAUUCGAAAAUGAAAAAGCUUUAAUUAGGGAUGAAAAGGAUAAAAUUCGGAUCACUUCACAAAACCAGAUUACUACUUUAGAAUCAGAUUUAGAACAUUUAAGAAUUCAACUCGAUGAACUAAGACUCUCCGAAGCCAAUAGAAACAAUGAUAAUAGUAACAGUGAUAUCGAGAAUAGCCCCAAUUUAGGUGAACAUAGAUUUAGCAAAUCAUUGCAAAUCUAUUCAGCAAAUGAAAAGCUUUUAAUUCUGCAAACUGAGUUAGAAUCUAGCAAAGAAAACUGGACUACAAUUGAAUUAGCAUUACAAUCAAAAAUCUCAAACUUAGAACAUGCAGUAAAUGAUCUUAAUUCACAACUUGUAAUUGAAGUUGAACAAGCUAAAAAAUCUAAUGUAACCAUUGCCGAUUUAAAUAAAAAACUUUCAUCAAAAGAAAUAGAAAAUAUUGAUUUAAUGACUACAAUUACUAAACUAGAAUCUCAAGUAAAAAGUUUAAACUUACUAAAGGACGAUAUUACAGACGACUAUAAGCUUUUGCAAAAAAAAUAUGAUAUACAAAAAAGUCAAUUAGAGCGUAAAUCCGAACUACAGUCUAAUAACUCUAUAUCCUCAUUAUCAACUUUAGAAUUAAUGCAAAAACAAGAUGCACAAGAUAACUCGAACACAAACUUGGAUGAUAAUUGGCUAUUACCACCAAACAUUUCUCAAUCGAGCAUAAGACAAUUUGAUGACAGUUUACCAUGUAUCAAUGAAUAUGCCAACAAUUCAGAUGAUGAAAACAUUAAUACCGAUGAGAAUAGUACUCUAGAAGUAUCAUUAAAUAAUCAUUCCAGUAAUGACCUAGACGAUACUGAAAAUGAUUGUAAUACCCAAAAUAUUCCUGAUUUACCAGACUCACCAAAUAGAAUGCUGUUUGUUGAUACAAGUGACAUGCCGGAGGACGCUAGUGAAUUACAGGUGAGGAGUCGUAAAGAGGCGCCAUCUACUCCAGUUUCUCAAUCUUUUCAAUUUCGCAAACCAACUACUCAAAUCCAAGCUUCAACUCAAAUGAAUGCUCAGAUGGUUAGCAGGUUAGGAGCUGAAGUAAGAAGAUUAGAGACAGAAUUGGAGUCUCUAAAAGAGACUUGUACUAAACUUCAAGAAGAGAAAAGAAAAGCAAAUGAUGAAAUACUGAAAUUAUUAGAUGCUAAUGAGAAAGUAGAGAGUAUAAAAAUUGAGAAAUCUAGAUUAGAAACUAUGUCUGAUGACUUACAAAGAAAGCUAGAAACUUCAUUACAACUUUUAGGUGAAAAAACAGAGCAGGUUGAAGAACUAAAGAAUGACGUAGCUGAUUUAAAGGAAAUGCUUCACCAACAAGUUCAACAAAUGGUAGAGAUGCAAGAGAACAGAAGAUAA